AUGUCGUUCUUGUCUUCAGAGGAGAACAUGGUCAUAUUUGGCGCCCUUCUGAGCCUCGCUGGCUGGGCGUCGCUCUACUUCGCCCUGUGUCACCUCAACAGUCAUCGAAGCUGCGAGUGGAACUGCCGCCUCGUCACCUUGCUCCACGGCAUCCUGGCAGUCAGUGUCACGGCCUACAUAGGCUAUGUGGAUGGGCCAUGGCCCUUCACUUACCCAGGUACAAAGAACACACCUUUGCAGAUAAGCGCCAUGUUGCUGAGCCUGGGCUACUUUGUCUUUGACAUGGCUUGGUGCGUCUACUUCCGCACUGAAGGAGCCGUCAUGCUGGCCCACCACAGCAUGAGCAUCCUAGGAAUCCUUCUCACUCUGUGGCUGGGCGAGUCUGGCAUCGAGGGCUGUGCUGUUCUGUUUGGCAGUGAGAUCACCAAUCCCCUGCUACAGGCACGCUGGUUCCUCAAGCAGACGGGACGUUACGGCACACCCCUUGCGCACACUGUGGACGUGCUGUUUGUGCUCCUCUUCGUGCUAAUGCGGAUCUUUGUGGGAGGUACAAUGCUGUACUGUGAGCUGAUCUCGCCAAGACCCAGAUUCUUCAUCAAGUGCGGAGGCGUGGCUAUGUACGCGCUAUCCUGGGUUUUCAUGGUGGACAUUGUUCGAUUUGCUGUCCGCAAGAGCAAGAGUUGGCAGAACCAUCGGAAGGAACGACAAGAGGCCACAAAUGGUCACAAAGGAAAGAUUGACUGA